AUGAAAACUCUUCUUUUGAUCAUUUGUGGUAUCAUAAUUUAUGAUAAUUGAUAGUUGCAUCUGUAUUAGCAUCACAUGCAUACUUGUACCCAUUCAAUGACAAUAAUAUAAGUGAUUUAGAAGGCUUAAAUCAAAAGCAAAUAGCUUAAUUGAUAAAAUACAAUAUUGGAUUAGUCGAACACAUUUCAGCAGACUAAUAAAAAGUGUUUGAAUAAUUGAUAAAGUACAAAUAUUAUCAUCAAAUUAGAUCUUUUGGUAAAGGCAAUAUCUUAUCACCCACAAAUAUGAACUAUUUGAUUCUAAUAGAGAGUGAGAAAUUAUAUUAAGGAUAAGAGUUAAAAUAAUAGAGAAUAACUGAAGGAUUCUCUUAAAGUUUUAAAGUAAUGGAUAAAGAUCCAAAACCCAUUAUGGAUUUACUAUUUGGACAAGAAAGUAAUACAAUAAUCAAAAAUUUAGAUGAUUCUUUAAUUUCUAAGGCAUAAAAGAUUUAUAAUAAUAAUAAUUAAGGAUUUAAAAUUUAUUAGAAUGAGGAUGAUUUAGAUAUUAAUUAUUUAUAAUGGACAAUAACACUUUAUUUAGGCAAAAAUGUAAAAUAUGAAUUUAUUAUAUAGAAUGAAGUUUAUUUCUAUGAACCUAAUAAAGAUAAAUCUUAUAAAGUAGAUUCAAGUUUAGAAAAGUGUGUAGAUAAUUUCUUAGGAACAACAUUUGAUUAUGCACCUAAAGAAAAUAAAAUUUAUAAAUAUAAUACAAAUGAAAUGAUUGAAAUCACUUAAGAUAAUGAAGAUUAGAUUAUAGGAUUUUUAAAAGAUAUUUGUGCUAUGAAUAAAUUAUCUACACUUUUUUAGAAAUGUAUUUCUAUUCAAAAAAAUAUUUAUAGCUAAUUAACCUAACAUGUUAUCAAUAAUUAAUAAAUCUAUUUCCAAAUUAGAAAAAAUCAUGAAUGAAUCAGAUAUAGAUAUGAUCUAUGAUAUCAUGAGAAUUACUCAUAAAAAAGUAAUUAUUUAAUAAUUUAUAUUAAGUUAUCUAAAAAUUUUAGAAAUACUUUUGAAAAUGAAGAAUUAUUUGGACUCAUUUUAGUAGAAGAAGAAAAGAAUCCUCAAAUUACAACAACUAAAGAAUCAGCCAAAAUAUAAAGAAUUUUAAUGGAAACAAGAACAAGAAUGUUAAAUUAAGUUACUGUAUUAUUUUUAUUAAAUUUUUAUUAGUAAACUAAUACAUCUGGAUAUGUUAUGGAUGCAACCACUUAUCAAAUUUAUGUUUGGUUUGGAGUAUUCUUUGUUAUAGUCUUGAUUGGUAUUAUAUAUGCUAUGGUCACUAUGGAUAUUUAAAAGGAUACUUUAUUGUAUGCUAAAUUCUUAACAACAGAUCAAAGAGCAUGAUUAGU